CUCGUACGGUUGUAUUGUGAAGUGUUCUAGUCUCACUCUCACAAGUGACACUACGAGUACGAGUCGUGUGGAAACAGUGAGACUACCUAGACUUGUUUGCGACGACUCAGUCGGUAUAUAACCAUAGGCAAUACCGCCUUGACUCACUGCUACCGAGAUGGGUGACAAGGGCCUUAUUGAACAUGUGAUAGUCAAUCACCGAUGGGUGUUUGUGUGUUUGUUUCUGCUGCCGAUGUCGGUGGUUUAUGACUUCGUGUUUUACCUUAGAAACUGGAUUGUUUUUAAACUGUCUAGUGCGCCAAAACGACACCAGCAGAGAGUAGCUGAUGUACAAACGCAGGUGCGAAAGUGGAUAAACGAUGGUGCUGAUACUCAGAUGUGUACAGCGCGCCCUGGUUGGGCGACAGUUUCAUUUAGGCGUGGAAAGUACAAACGGACAAUGAGAAAAAUCAGUGUCAACCUAGUUGAUAUUCUCUCCGUAGAUGCAGAAAAAAGGCUGGUGCGAGUUGAGCCAUUGGUCAGCAUGGGUCAAAUCACUGCCACCUUAAGUAAACUGGGCUGGACCUUGCCUGUUUUACCAGAGUUAGAUGACCUUACUGUUGGUGGUCUAAUAAUGGGGUGUGGAAUUGAAACGUCGUCCCACAAAUAUGGGCUUUUCCAGGAAACAUGCGUUGCUUAUGAGUUAGUGUUGGCAGAUGGAAGUCUAAUACGGUGUUCGGAGGAUGAGAAUCCAGAUUUGUUUCAUGCUGUGCCAUGGUCAUACGGUACCCUAGGGCUUCUGGUGGCUGCAGAGCUGCAGAUUGUGCCUGCCAAGAAGUACGUUAAACUCGACUACAUACCAACCUACACCAGGGAGAGCAUGGUCACGACCUUUACUGAGGCAGCAGCUAGGCCAGAAAAAAACGAGUUUGUUGAGUGUAUAGUGUUUGGCAAUGACCAUGGUGUAGUCAUGACAGCAAACAUGACUGACACGUGUGAACCAGAGAAGGUUAACGUCCUAAGUCGCCACUGGAAACCAUGGUUCUACAAGCAUGUUGAAACAUUUCUUAGCCGUGGAGGCAGUUCAGAGUACAUUCCACUGAGGGAUUACUACCACAGACACACGCGUAGUUUAUUCUGGUCGCUACAAGACAUAAUUUCUUUUGGAAACCACCCGGUGUUCCGAUGGUUGUUUGGUUGGAUGGUUCCACCGAAAAUUUCCCUGAUAAAGCUGACACAGCUUGAGGCUGUGAAGAGGCUGUACGAGGAACGCCAGAUGAUUCAGGACAUGCUGGUUCCAAUCAAUAAGCUGAAUGAAAGUCUCGAUAUUUUUGAGGCUGAAACACAGCUCUAUCCACUGUGGCUGUGCCCAAUGCUGGUGAAAACCACGCCUGGGUUCAUCCAGCCAAAACGUGGCAAGGAAGAGAUGUUCGUCGACAUCGGUGCGUACGGCGCGCCGAAAGCGCCGCAAUAUCAUGCCGAGACGACGACUCGUCUCAUUGAGGAAUACGUGCGCAGCGUGGACGGGUAUCAAAUGUUGUACGCCGAUACUUACCAAACGGAGGAAGAGUUCAGACGUAUGUUUAAUCACACCUUGUAUGACAAGAUGCGAAAGCAACUUGACUGUGAGAAGGCAUUCCCACAAGUAUACGGGAAGGUCAAUAAGAAGGUCAGAGAGUAAUAUUUCAUGUUCACCGGGAGAUUAACCACGUAUGUUACCAUGGUGCUUGGACUGUUAACAUGUACGUGCACUACAGUAUUUUGCCAUAUAGAGAUCUUUUAUAUUGCAUGAAUGUCCAUGUUGCUUUAGCAGCUUUGUGAAAAACUCAUCUUACUAAGUCAAAUGAAGUCAUAUCUGACAUCAUUGCACUACCUAUUGCUUAGAAAUAGUUAAUAAUCAGUAUCAGUAUUAACCUUCAGUAUUCUCACUAACAUUGGUGUGUGUGCAUGCGUGUGUUCCUAUAUUCCUAAUAUUUGUACAUGGUUGUUACCACUACCACAAAUCUAUAUAUUGGUAGCACAGUAUCUCAUCUACUUACGAACACAGUUGGUUGCAUAUGUCCGUUCUUAGUGGAUUUGUUCUUGAGUCCAAGUUUAUUUUAAUACGAUCAGCGAUUGCCUAUAAAAAUAUGUAAAGCACAGAAAAUGUUAUAGUGAAUUGUUCACUAUUCAGGUGGUCUGAGGUGCAAAUGGGCAUACGAACAAGUUUGUAUCUGUGAAUAUCAGCAAGUCGAUGAGUACAUGUCUCUAUUACGUUGAUAAAUUCAUCCGUACUUACUCCAUAUUGAUAUAUGAAAAUUGUAUUGUAAAACGACUGCUUAUAUACUCUUGAUAUUAUUCGAUCAUUUAUAGCUGGUGAAAUGCUCAUUUUUCAUUGACGACAAGCUUGUUAAAGUAUGAACCAGUAAUAAGCCUGUAUUUAUUUAAUUGUAGUUCAUCACACAUUAUUUACAACUCGAUCAUGAAUUCGUUGACUUUCAAACUGUAAUUCCCUUUUACAUGAUAUAUACAUGUAUGCUAAUUGUAAUACCAAUUAAAUGUCAAAAACGUGCAGUAA